GUACCGGAGUUUCGAGCGUGUCAUGAAAUAGACAGGCAUGGCCCCUCUCUGUGCUCCUAUGACUUUGAUGUUCGAAGUAUUUGAUAUUGGUAACAAUUCACGGGUUAAUUGAACGAGUUAGUGUGAACCUUGAAUAAAAUAAGUCAAAGUAACUCAAGACAAGAAAGAUGGCCUUAGAAGAUUAUAAAGAAGUUGUAGGAUCUUGUGCCAUGUAUACUACAAUGGCACAAAUGUUAUCUGGCACAUUUAUAUGUCGCAACAUACAUAAGAAAGGUUCUGCUAAAGGAGUUGAUCCAAUGCCUUUUCUUGGUGCCAUAGGAUUGUGUAUAUUGAUGCUUCGAUAUGCUUGGAUGUUAGGUGAUUCUAACAUGAUAAAUGUUAAUAUAUUUGGUUUAUUGACAAAUAUGAUUUAUAUGAUAAUUUACUAUUAUUAUGCACCAAAUACGAAGGAGGUGCUUAAAUUAAUAUAUAAAAUAGCAGUCUUUGUUGCAAUUUUUCUUGUCUAUGCACAAAUGGAACAUCCAGCAAAUGUUGAAUUUAGAUUCGGUAUUGUGGUUACAGUACUUCUCCUUCUUUUAAUUGCAGCUCCUCUUGUGCAUCUUAAAAAUGUUAUAAAAACGAACUACUUCCGUAACAAACCAAACGCAGUUAUGUCGUGCGCAGUCGACAUGAGUCGACAUCCGGCCACGUUAAGAUCGUUUGUCUGUGCUGUUUGCUUGAGAUUAUCAGCGGUCGAGCUGCCCGGUGUCGCUGAAAAAAAAGUGAAAGUGAUUGCGCUCUUAUGCCCGAAUUUUCUCGAGGCUCAAGAGGAUUUUAAAUGCGCACAGAUCAGUGACGAGACAGCCGCGUAA